UUCCACCCCAUUCCCUCUCCACAUGGUAACGGUCAACAACAAAAUCAAACAGGACCUGUACCAUCCCCACACGGUCAUGGCCAAGGAAUACCUCAUUACCAUCAAUUUCAGCAAUUUCAACAAAAUCAACAGAAUCAACAGAAUCAACAAAGCCAACAAAAUCAACAAAGCCAACAAAACCAUUUUCAAAAUAAUCAACUGAAUAACUCACAACCCAUUCCAUCACCUGUACAUAUUAAAAAUGAAGAAAUUGACAAAAGAAAUAAAAAUCAACCACCUCCAUCUCCAACACAAACCACCUCAUCAACACAAAACAAUGGUAACAAUAGCAAUAAUAAUAGCAAUAUAAAUAAUCCCAAUAAUACAAAUACCAGUAGCAAUAAUGGUGGUACUAAUAACAAUAAUACCAAUAGUAACAAUAGCAACAGUCCUAAUAACAAUGCAAGCAAUAUGAACCACGCCAAUAAUAAUCUCCCUACCAAUCCAAACAAUAUGAUGGGAAUGAAUAAUUCACAAAUCCACCAACCCCAUCUUUUCCAAAAAAUUGCACCUGGAGGUGUAUAUCCACAAGGCUACAGACCACAACCACCAGGUGGAUAUAUGUGGGGACCACACCCCUAUGGUGUCAUAGGAGGAAAUAUGGCAAAUUUCCCAUACAACAAUAUACCUCAACCAGGUAUGAUGGUUCCAGGCCACAUUAUUCCCCCAAAUGUCCCAUUUCCUGGUAUGAAUCAACAACAAGUACAACAACAACAACAGCAACAACAACAACAGCAACAACAACAACAAAACACUAAUCAACAAAACCCAAACAAUGGUAAUGUAAAUAUGAGCAACCUACCCAAUAAUAGUAAUUUAAACUCUCCACAAAGUAGUCUACCAUCCCCACAAAUAAAUGGUGCUAAUACCAAUAAUAGUAAUUUAAACUCUCCACAAAUAAACAACACCAACAAUCCUCCCAAUAACUCCAAUAGCCCAAUUUCUAAUAGUACAAAUACACCAAAUAGUGCAAGCGGAAAUAAUACGAAUACAAAUAAUAAUAAUAAUAAUAAUAAUAAUAACAAUAAUAAUAAUAAUAAUAAUAAUAAUAGCAGCAGUUCAAAAUCAAAGAGUAGAUCAACUAAAAAGGGUUCUACCUCUUCAGAGAAUGAAACAACAGCACCAGAAAAAAGCAAUGGUAGUUCAAAAUCAAAGAAAAGAAAACAACCAGAAAAUGAAAUUUUAAACUCUAAGUCCUCUUCGAAAAGAACCCUUUCUAAAUCUGUCCCAUCACCACAAGUAGAUGGUACACCACCACCACAAUCACCAUUAUCAUCUCCAUCGAAUAGCCAACAAUCACAACAAAACCCUGCCACCAAUAAUAUGGUUGAGAACAAUAUAAAAACUGGCAUGCAUCCGCCAUCAACACCAACCCAAUCAAUUCAUCAACUACACCAACAACUACACCAACAACAAAAUCAACAACAACAACAGCAUCAACAUCAACAACAGCAACAACAAAAUCAACAAAAUCAACAAAAUCAACAAAAUCAACAAAAUCAACAACAUCAACAACAAAAUCAACAUAAUCAACACCAACAUCAACAUCAACAUAAUCAAUCCUCUCAAAUUUCCCAACAACACAAUCAAAUACCUCAAUCCUUUCACAUACAACAACAUAACCAAUCGUCUCAAGUAUCACAACAAUCUUCCCAAAACAACACACAAAUUUAUUUAGAUUUUAAUAAUUUUGAACAAUCACAUUCAAACUUUGCAUCUCAAAACUCGUCAUUAAAUACCAACUCUCCAAAUUUUAAAGCUGCUACUUCUGAAGAGGAUGGUGAUACUUCGAAAUUUUUUGCCUUUGAAAACUAGUAUAACCAAACAAUCAAAUAAUAACAUUACAACUAUAUUUAAAAAAACAAUUAAUAAAACUCUGUACAUAUAUAUCAUAAUAUAUUAUACUUUU